GAGGAGCAAUGUAAAACAAAAGAAACCAAAUUAUAUAAAUGUUGUGUAUUAAUUGAAUUUGGGGUGUGUAUGUCCCUUGCUUUAUAGACACUGGACAUCACACCCUCUUGCAAGAGUAAAAUAAAGGACACUACUGAUUCAGAUUUUGUCUCGGACUGCAAUUAUUGAAGUGUGCGAGCUUUGUUUCUCACACAAUGGAAUCAUUCUAGUAAUUCUUUUCUGUAUCCUGCCAAUGCCAUCAAAUUUUCCAAAAAUGUGAUGUCCAGAGACGUCGUCGUCGACGUAAAAUUAUAACUUCUCCCCCUCUCCACAAAUUGGUAUUCGAUCUGCUACUUUCAACAUCUUCCGUUUUGAUAUCAACUUCUGACAUCAAUUUUUUUUGCUUCAGUCGAUUUUAGACACUUUCAAUUCUCAUAAACCCUGUCGCUGUUCACCUAUUUUGAAAAGUUCAAACUCUACAAGUUAAGCGGCUGUCGCGAUAAAUCUACAUGAUCUACAAAAAGCAGCGCGAAAGGUUCAAAACUAUCAGUGCCCAACUCUUGAAAUUAGACCGACACCUAACAUCAGGCUGACACGUUCAUAGCUCAUCUUGAAUUUUAUGUUUUAUAAUCUUUCAUUCUAAUCGCAGGGGGACAGCUCCAAUCCUUAUGACUUCCGAUUUUGAAAUAAGGGAACAAGACUGAACUUAUUAAUUCGGAACCCAUUCCAGGAACUGAGAAUCCAGUGUUGGUACUGAGCACUUUAUUUCCCUCUCUCCCUCCAACUUUAAACAUUUUGUCCGUUAAACGGUUCUUCAUUCAACAAAAUGGCGGCCUUCGCAUUCGAACUUCACUCCACGCGCCUGUUGACUGAGAGAGCGCGCUAGCUUGGACUCUACCAAGAAGGGAUACACUGGCAUCCGACACUUUAUUAAAAUUAAACAAUUGGCAUUUUGAAUGGACGUUAUAGUGUUUCACAUUGUAACAUUAUUUUAGAUUUAUUAUGAGUGCAUUGACUACUUGUAGAGACGUUAAACAGUUAUUAAUCUUCGGAUGAUUUGGUAAAAGCGCUUGGACUACCCCUGCUGGAUGGUGUUGAAUGGAUGCAGCAUAUAAAUAGUAGGCGUGACGGAGGCACCUCUUGCCGAACGUCUGGUUGUUGGGAGGCAGUAUUGGAUGUAAUUGAGGAACAUGGCUGAAAUGUCCGGAAGAAUCAUUGAAGCACAAGACAGUGAUGCCAGUCAGGAACUAGAGGGUCAGUCGUCCGCAGCACCCACAGUGAAUCGCAGAUAUGUAUUGCCAAGUGGAAGAAUCAUGCCCAACACUAUUUUUGUUGGUGGAAUUGACUUUGAGAUGGGUGAAGAUGAGAUGCGAGGUUUCUUCACUAGGUAUGGUGCUGUGAAACAAGUUAAAAUAAUUAGCGAUGGAGGUGGUGUUUCCAGAGGAUAUGGCUUUGUCUCAUUUCACAAUGAUGUGGAUAUACAGAAGAUUAUUUCUGAAUCUCAGAUCAGCUUCAAAGGGAAGAAAUUGAAGAUAGGACCUGCAAUUAGGAAGCAACAAGAUUCAUAUCCUAUUCAUUUGGUUCAGGCAAGACCAGCUCCUCUAAUAACAUCACCAACUCCUUGUGUGUGCCAAAAUGCCGACACAUACUUUCAAUCACCUGGAUUUCCUGGGUCAGCUCUUCAGUAUGUACAAACUUAUUCAUAUCCAAGUCCUCCUGCUGUGGCAUUACCACAAGUACAAAUGGGAUAUCCACAUCCUGCAUAUAAUUAUCAGGCAGCAACACAGUGGCCACCAGGAGGUCAAUGGAGAUGGAUGAUGCCUCAGGUGAUGCCUACCGCAGGGACCUAUGUAAACACCCCAUACCCUGAAAUGAUUAACCCAGGAACUGUGUUUGUGCAGAGAGAAUGUGAUGCACAACAGACUCCAUCUUCACCUCUAGACACAGUUGAAAAGAACUAUGUUGAUCGUGGGGUGCAAACGCAGUCAUGGACUUAUUUGCCAAUGAAUAGGCACAGAACCCAUCGUCGAGCAUCAGAUGAUUAUGUAAAGGAGAAAAGAGUGCACAGAUUUACAGUUUAGAAGUAGUAGUCCAGCAUCUGAAGUGAAGUAACUGGUCCUGUUUACAGGGUGGAUAAAACAAAGUAAUCUUCAAAUCUGAUCUUUGCUAAUAUCUUUAUUGUGUUGAUCCUUAAGAAUGGGCUACAUUAUUAUUGUUGGUUUUGUCAUAUAGCACUUUUGAUCAUGUAAAACUAAAAUCCAUUUUCCUGCUGGAAGCACUAAAAAGUGUGUUCUUGGUCACAUUCCAGUUGAAUCACUCUUGUCUCUACUUGAUUGAUAGUAGACCCACUUCAUAUUUCUCUGACAUAUUUCAUUUCUAACAUACAAACUUAGGGUGAGUGUAUCCUAAAAUUAUAACUUACCUUGUAGGCUAACUACAUUAGCUUUAAAAGUGAAACUGAAUUGGUUUAAUUAUGUUUUUCUUUUGCCUUCUUUAUGACCUACUUGAAGACUGAAUUCAAAGAAAAUACUAAUGCCAAUUAAAAGCAGUAAAUUUACCUUUUGAUUAUAGUUUGAUUGAUUAGAGAAUAUAUAUUUUUUCAGUCCCAAAGCUAAAUUUUAAGAAAAUGUAAAAUCCUGGUAUGUAUUUUGUUUCUUAUCUUGAAACACCUUUUCAAACAAGCUAUUGCAACAAAAGAAACAAGAUAUAUGUAGCAUGUCAACAAGCAUCUGUGGAAGGAAUAACCAUUUGCUUCAUAUUUUUUGUUUUUGUUUCAAAUUUGCAAUACUUUUCUCAUUUCCCUCACACAAUGUUUUUGAUUUGAUUCCAAAAGAGAAAUAUAGUGGUGUCAACUUGCUGUGAGCAAUACUUGCAAUAUUCUUAUUUAAAAAUUCAUGUCUAUAACCAGCUACAGAAAAGUUUAAAUGAAGCUUUACCAUAACUGUAGGAAACAUAGAUUUUAUCAUCAUCGUGGUAGAAGAUAUCACACAUUGUAGUAGAAUUUCAAUUAUUUGUUAGACAAGGACAAUGCCAUAUCAGAAUACUUGGAGGUCUCUUUACCAAAUAUUGAGAUUUCACUACACAUAGUGAUUCUGAUCCUGUAUUUUAUAUCCACACCAUUUUACAUGGAUAAGCUGACUUUUGCCAUUAUUGGAGGGCUAAAUACUUGCAAGAUCACUUAAGCUCUCAUUCAAAGCUCAGUUCUAUCCAACAUUUUUAACCUUCUCUUUUACAGUGUCUUAUAGUUUCACUAAAAAUUUGAACUGUGACCCACAGUAAUUUAAUGGGUCUAUUUUUAAUAAGUUGAAAUUGCAUCUUUUUAAUUUAGUCACUGUAAGCUAAUAAUGGCUUUGUUCUCAAAUGAAACUAAAGGUUAUAGCAACUUGUAUUAUGCAGAGAAUAUGUCCAAUAUUAAGUUGCUAGCACCAUUUUGAAUUGAAAUAACUUGCAUAUUUGUACUCAUCUAAGCAUUAGCGUUUUUGUAAAUUCUGUGUGCCUUUUAUCUGUAAAUUGUUUGAAUGCUUUGCAUUGCCUGAAACACCUGCAUCUUGGGAAAAUUAAAGAUUGUCGUUGUCUUUCUCUCCGUGAAAAGCUAUAGUGUACACAGCUUUAAUUAAUAUCUUGAAAGUUCUGAAUUUUAAUUUAAAAUUCUGUACUUCUAAUUGUCCAUCUAAUUCAAGAAGUAUUUAAUUGGUUUGUGUUUACAAUUGAUAUUCUUUGAAACAACUAUUGUGAGGAAAGUGCUCAUUUUGAAGAUUGUAUUAGGUAAAAUGGUGAAUCUGCGAUGAACUGAAUAUUGGAGUUCUCUGCUCCAUAAAAUAUAGGUUAAUUAGAGCUUUUCUUUAAAGUGUGUUUUAACCAUGCUCGACCUUGUUUGGUAAUCUGGCACCAACUUGGGCUUGUGAUUUAAUAGUGUGACACCAAAAUAAAAAUCAUUUUUGUGUAUAGAAAAUAGUAAAUGACAAUUCCAAUUUUAACUUAAAUUAGGGAUCACAUUUUCCAGAGUUUAGCAGGGUCAGUACUUCCUUCAUGUUAACUCGUGAAAAAUCAAUGAAAAAUAUAAGCCAAUAAGAUUUUAAAAAUCUUAAACUUUGUUAGUGAUGAAACUUAGUGAAAUAUUUCCUAAAACUAAAAUAAGCUGCGUAUAUUGAAAGAAGAAAUCUGUAAUAAAGUAUCAAAUUUUCUAUGUUUAAGGUAUAUGUACAAAAUGAUAUUUUCAAGUUUCUUGUCCCUAGUUAAAAUUUGGUGCGACUAUCAUAUUGUUUGCAAAUGCUUUUCAUGUUUAAAAUAUGUGGUUCAGUUUUAAAAGUCCUUCAUAUUUUGUAAAUGUUAUGUGCCUUUUUGUUCUUUAUACUAAACAGCAUGUUUAGUACUGCCAGAUAUUCUGUUGUUCACUGUAUAUUUCUGUCCUGUGGAGAUUUUUUGACCCAUUGUAACUAUUUGGAGUGGCUGAAAUGAGAGUUGGCUAUCAACUAAACAUAUUGACUCAAACCAUUCUGUUUAUUCAACUGCAAACAUUUAUUUCUGAAUAAAGUAUACUUUAAAAUUUGAGCAAAUAUUUUAGAGAUGCUUAACACUAACUGCGAGAUGAUUUCCUUUUGCAACGCAAGGGAUGCUUUGCUCAUUAAACCUCAGAAACUGCCAGUUUAAUUACUGCAUCUUAUUUUUAACAUCCUAUCACACUCUGGUUUAUUUAUUAUUUUCAGAAUCUGAGGGUGGUUUGGUUUUUGAAAACUUCAAAGUUAUUGAAGCAUGCCUGCUUUUCAGUGUAAGGAGCACAGUUCAUUUGGUGCUCUUGCUAUUCCUAUUUGUUUUCAAUUUAGCUGUAACUUAAUUAAAUGACUGUCACUAGCAACACAAACUAUUUAUAUGCAAAAUUGUAUGCUUUCAAAUGUAAACCA